UUUAUAAGUACUACUGUACUUGUUAUUGUACCGUUGUACAAUACUUAAUUUACGUUAAAUGUUAAAUUAUAACGUAUGGUAAUCAGUUCAUUCAGCUAAUUAAGAAGGGCACAAACUUUUGAAACAUACCCAUUGUUUCUGCAGACUUGAUUUAUUUGAGGUAUCCUGUUCUUAUGACGAAGAUUGGCAGUCCGUAACUGAACUACUCGUACGGCCAGAGAGCUUACGAAGUUGUUUCUAGCUUUCUGUUUAGUAUUUUAGCUAUUUUUCAAUUUUACCGUUCAGUUUUCGACUUACGCAUGCGAAUCAGUCACGUCCCUUCACAAUGACAAACGUUUCGAGAUCGGCCAUUCUUGGAAUAGUGUCGCGGUACUGCGCACGGCUGCCCACAGUAGUCCGUAACGCACCCAGUUUGUCAGCUGGCUAUCUGGGAAUAUGCAGAAGCGCUGCCGUUAUCUCCACUGGUUCCAUUCAUACCUUAUCUCCCGUUGGGCGGCUGUCCAUUAAUUCGGGUUCCCGGAGGCCUUCUUUAGCUCACUCGCAGCUUGUCCAUCCAUGGCUUCCAGUUUCUGCUCAAAUGAGGGGGUACGCCAGGAAGAAAUCAGGUGCGAAAACGGUGGAAAAAGACGAAGACGAGACAGGAGAAGAUGAAGAAGGUGGAGUUCUUGAAGACGAUGAUGACGACGGGGAAGUAAAAGAUUGGAAGGAUGUAAAAGUGAACGUGUCCACUGCCAGAAUAGACAACAUUAUGAAAACAGCUUUGAAUGCCAAUCGCGCGAAAAUUGAAGAAGGAUUUAUGGAGAACCGAAUUCGGGUGAAUGGCGAAAAAGUUCACAAAAAGAGCGGAAUUGUAGCACUGAAUGACGAAAUGGAUUAUAUCAUUGGAAUCAGCAAUGAAAAUCCUGAUAUGCUAGAAAUUAUGCGAGUGCAAGUUCUGGGACUUGAGGAUACUACUAUGAAGGGCAAACUACCAAUAUAUGCACGUAUUUGGAAAAAGUUGUUAGUCCCAAAUUACAAAGGAUCCAACAAAUACACUUUGUCCGGUUAAAAUAAUGAUUCAGAUUUUGUGUCCAGUAAUUGCAUUUUUGCGUUUCUGGGUUGGGAACGCUGAUUUAUUUGCUGUUUCACGAUGCUGUUCUGAUCGCUAGCGGCCAUAAACUUUCUGGAAAGUUUAAAA